AUGAAAUGGAGAGUUGGUAAUGGCUCUAACAUUAAGGUCUGGCUGGAUUCUUGGUUACCUGGGAACGUCAUACCGCCUCAUACUUCCUCCUUUGACCCUGAUCUUCGUUUUUCUGACUGCAUUGAUCACCAGUGUGGGGAAUGGCGACUGGAUAUUCUGCAGACCCUUUUUUCUCCUGAUUGGGCCUCACAGGAGCAGGAUGCUUCGAAUGUGGUGGGUAAUGAAGUGUGGCGUGUGGUGUGGAGCCUGGAUGGGCCUCCCAAGCUUAGUCACUUUGUGUGGAAAGCUUGCAAAGGGAGCCUAGCUGUUAAAGGGGAGCUUUUUAGACGUCACAUUGCUGCUGAUCCAAUUUGCUCUGGAUGCAGUGUGACUGCUGAGUCUAUUUCCCACGCUCUCUUCUGCUGUGCAGGUGUUCAGAAUGUCUGGGGAUACUUUAAUUGUGAUGAAAUUAUAUCUGAUUCUCCCCUUGACGCCCCUUUCCAUGAAUGGCUGCUUUGGAUGGCUAAUAAGGUAGACAGAGUAGAGCUCCGACGGAUCUUGACUAUUGCCUGGGCGAUAUGGUUUUGCAGAAACAAAAGAGUGUACGAGAAUGUAGCUGCAGAUCUGUUUUCAUGUGGUACGGGGUAUAUUAAAUUGGUGCAGGACUAUCGCAACUAUGCUGGGAAAGUUUUUAAGGCUCCAACGUGCAUUAUUUCUGCUGCCACUUCAAGAUGGGUGAAACCUGUUGCAGGGGUUACUAAAAUUAAUGUGGAUGCUCAUGUGGGGUUGGGGGCUAGUGGUGGAUUCGGCGUGGUUGCUAGGGACAGUCAAGGUCAAAUUUUAUGGGCUGCAACGAAGAAGAUCCCAGCAAAUUGGGCAGUUGAAGAUGCGGAGGCAUGCAGCAGCUAUUAG